AGAGGGAGAGAGACAGAGACAGAAGGACAGGACUUCGAGCUAGAAUGACGUCAUACAUUUUGACGUACGCACUCGUACUAUACAUUCACACACAAAUUUAAUGAAUAGGCAAUACCCGGGCAUGCACACACACCGCCGACACACACACGCAUUCAUAAUAUAUGAUGUGAAAUAGCAUAUCUACGGGAUAUAUUGAUGUACUUCAUUCGCUGGGCUGGUCCUAGCGGAAAAACUGUGAAUUUGGCUUUGUAUCUGUAACUUUUUAUCUUGAAACUUGUUUUUCUUUAGUACAACGGUGUAAGAAUAGAACUUCAGGGUUGCUACAUCUUUCUCUUUUGGAGAAACCGCAUUUAGAAUACCAAAAACGUGAAAUAUAUAUAUUCCUGUACUAUCUAUGGUUGGAUGCAUCUCUUCGUCAUUGAUUGCUCAACGUGAAUUGGACAUUAUUAAGCAUGGAAUUAAAUAGUUUAUUCAUCCAUCGCAACGCUGAAUAGACCUAAUGGUACGAAUUUGAAGUUGAAUUUGAGCAUUUACCAAAAUGAGCGAGAUAACAAGAUAGCGAAGAACCUUUUUCGUUCUCUCCGACACGAAACGCACACACUUUUGACAUCAAUGAAAAUUGGGUUCAACGAAGUGAAUCGCAGCAACAAAGCACAGGGGAACGCGAAAAUCACAUGAAACCAUUUGUCCAUUUCCACCAACAAGGACAAUUUUAUUCUUCUCUGGAUUUUACACGGAGCAUGAUGAGCAUUUCUAAGUCAUGUCUGUCUAGGAAUAUACGACUUGUGCAGCAUUUUGGAGCCUUUUCGAGCCCGGAUUUUGCCUGCCGUUUGGAGAGACUCUGAGGUCGAAGAUGGUCGUUAUGGAGGAGAAGGCGGAUACCCCUACACAGGCCAAACCUCGACGCGGCCACAUACGCGUAGGGUUUUACGAUAUAGACCGUACCAUCGGCAAGGGCAACUUUGCAGUGGUGAAAUUGGCAAAACAUCGUAUAACUAAAUCUCAGGUUGCAAUCAAGAUCAUAGACAAGUCUAGAUUAGACGAGUCCAAUCUCAAGAAGGUCUAUCGGGAAGUGCAAAUCAUGAAGAUGCUCUCACAUCCCAACGUCAUCAAACUAUACCAGGUUAUGGAAACGAAGAGCAUGCUCUAUCUUGUAACGGAAUAUGCAAGCAAUGGUGAAAUGUUCGAUUACUUAGACACACAUGGCCGGAUGUCCGAGAAAGAAGCCAAGAAGAAAUUCAUGCAAAUCAUUGCCGCUGUGGAAUACUGCCACAAACGACACGUCGUGCACCGUGACCUCAAGGCCGAAAACCUACUUCUAGAUGGCAACAUGAACAUCAAGAUAGCAGACUUUGGUUUCAGUAAUUUCUUUGUACCCGGCGAGCACCUGGCAACGUGGUGUGGCAGUCCACCUUACGCAGCUCCAGAAGUGUUCGAGGGCCAGAAGUACGAUGGGCCUCAACUGGACAUUUGGAGCCUUGGUGUGGUUCUGUACGUCCUAGUCUGUGGUGCUCUGCCCUUCGAUGCAAACACCCUGCCGCAGCUCAAGGAGAGGGUCCUCGCUGGAAAAUUCAGGAUACCUUUCUUUAUGUCACAAGAAUGUGAGCACCUGAUCAGGCACAUGCUGGUCAUCAAUCCGGCCAAGAGGUUGUCCAUCGACCAGAUCAAGAAUCACAAGUGGUUUGCCGACUGCGGAGUGCCCGCCACCCAACCAGUCAGCCCCGUGACCGAGAUCCCCAAACCCAUAGGAGAGUUCAACGAGCAGGCGCUCAGACUGAUGCAGAGUCUGGGAAUCGAUCAGCAAAAGACCAUCGAUUCAUUACGAAGAGAUGCCUACGAUCACUACACAGCGAUCUACUAUCUCCUGGUAGAGAGGUUAAGAUUACAUCGAUGCAGCUUUCCCGUUGAAGGUAGAGUCGACGUCCGUAGCCGUAGACCAAGUUCAAUCGCGGAUCAUGCAAUAAUGAGAACUCAUGCUGGUACCCUUACAAACAUUAAUCCUCACCAGCGAAACACUAAUGCACGGAACGCUAUUCAGGUCCAACAACAACCGUGCGUCAAUACGUCCCAGCAGAUGCUAGGUUUCCGACCGAUUCAGCCUGUACAGCAACCUACGCAACAGAUCGUGUCGGAGUCUGCGCAAUGUGCGUUGCAACGGAAGAGAAAAGAGCCUCCGCUACAACCGAGCACGUGUAUAUUCAGCGAAGGGGAGAUGGUUCCGGUUCCGCCAGCCGUUAGUGGAACGUUACUUGAGCCUCUGCCGAGGAUGAACGUUAGGAAAGUACGCUCGAUGUCACCUAAUCAUAUGGUGGUGACAUCGAUUGAUGAAGGCGUGGAAGCAGACUUGCCAGAGAGUGAGAAUGAGAUGGAGAAGGUCGGGUCAAUGGAACAUUUCAAAUCGCAGAGAACGCACUCCCUUGCUGAGUCGUACGAUAUCCAAACAAGCAUGGCGCCGAGUUUGAGUGAUUUUGGCAUUGAACCUCAAGAACUGUCCGCUUCGUUUGACUCGCAAGAGGAGAUGGAGGUUGCCCAGAGUUUUGCGCAUGUUCAAGCACUCUCCGAUAGACUGUUUCCGUCAAAUUGCAAUUCGCCGGAUCUGACGCAGCAGCAGACAGAGCCCAUGAUCCCACCACCCGCACCACCGCAAGCAAUGUUUCAACAUUCGGCAUCGCUCGACCGCUCCGGAAGCCACUCGCCUGUCAGCUUUCGAGAAGGUCGAAGAGCCUCCGACGGGCUCAUAGCACAAACAGGACUCUCGUAUCGACAGGUCAGUCCAACUCCGCUAGCACAAGGACACAAAGAUGCCAGCUUAGACGGUCAUCUGAAAACAAAUCUGAACAUGAAUUCAUGUAGUCUUGCAGCUGAUCAAUUACAAAUAGUCGGAUUCAGCGGACAGCAGCUUACAGAAGUCAGCAAGGACAAUGCUGACUUGACAAAUCUUCCGUCCUGCCAAGUGGAACAAGAAUUGGUGUCAUGGCGCCGCUUCCCGGCUCAGGUCCAAUCUAUGGAACGGCGUCAGUACCGCAUGCAUGCCAUGAAGCAAGGGGUUCAUACUGAACCUCCUGGACACCUGACACACAGUGCAUCGCUCGCCGGCCAAUCGAGUCUUGAGGAUAUGCCCAGAGAGUUUCCGAACCAGAUGCCACCAAACCCACACACGUUACAACGCACACUCUUGCAUCAGAGACUGAUGCAGAAGCGCCAACAACUCCAGAAGCAGUCGCAACUCAGCCAGCAGUUUGGUUGUAUGCAGCUGGAGCGGCAGUCCAGCUUCGAAGGGCGCCCUCCCGCUCCUAACAGAACCGACUCGUACAAACAGGCACAGCAGCACCCCGUUCUUCCACAGUACGCCAUCAACGACGAUUCCUCGUUGAACAAGUCGCUCAUUCAAUGUCACAAUGAGUUCAAUCAAGCGACGUCGCUGGGCAGUAACGCCCCUCUACAUUAUGACACAACGUUAAAUCAGGUGCCACAAAACUUUGAAGCGCCCUCUUACGAAGAUAGCAUGGACACAUCGGACAUCACUGUGCCAGUGUCGCAAGCAGGCAACAAUUUUUCAUUUACGCCCUGCUAGCAGUGACUACGCCACUUUUUCGUGGAUCCAUAGCUCAUUUUUUAGAUAUCAGUUUAGACUGCUGGCUGGUACAGCGAUUUUGUGUUGAUUUUUGUCAAUCAAUCUUCAGGUUGAUUUUUAUUUUUUCGGUGUAGACCCUCAAGAAUUUGAGGCAGAACGUACUUAUUGAAGAAAAGAUUGUCCAAUGGAAGAUGGAAACAUUGCCAAUUUUGGUGCAAUUUUCUGUAGCCAUCGUUGGCUAAAGAAGAGAAAAGGAAAACAAAUAAUAGUAAAUGAUAUUUUGAAAUGCCGAUAUAUUUUAGCAAUGAUGACGGGAGAAAUAUUUGAUUUUAAUCGAGAAACCAUACCAAAGUCUGUGUAUAUUUAUCUUUUGAUUGAAAGAGACGAUGUUUUCCUCAAGAAUAUCACUCUUGCCAGGGAACGAUCUUGUAGAAAUUGAUUUAUUUUAUACAUUAGGUCGAGAUUUAAAGAUAUGUGUGUUUUUAGAAAUGAUGCUAAAUCCCUGCCCCAUUUUAUUUUUAUCCUGUACAUGUUUUAAUGAGACACUGCUUUCUCUAUGCAGCAAAUUAUCUGUUCUGAUAAAUCCAUCUGCUUCACAUGUGGAUCAAGAUUACAACUCAAAUCAAAGGGAAUAACGAAUUGUCGAUUUAGAAGAGAUAGAGGGAAGUGGUUGGGGAUGAGCAAGGUUUUCAUCUUGGAACAAUUUACCCGUUCUAGAUUCUCUAGCUAUUAGCUGCCUAGCAACACUGCCUCCUUCCAAGUCGUAAAACCUGAAGCUUUCGUGCGCACAAAACUUAACAAAUUUCACUAAAGGCUCAUGCCGCGACAUAGGUAAAACGCCUAUGUCACGGCAAAACAAUUUAGGAAAUUUGCCAUGAAAAUUGCUGUAAUUAACUACCGGUACUUGCCACUGUCUCAUGUCGCAUAGGUUUCCGGUUUAAAAAUAUUCUCAUAUGGAAUUAUUAACAUUCAAACAAUUGGGGGCUUUCUGAACAUUGUUGUUGUUGUUAUGACUAGGAUUUAUAUAUACUGGUUCCCUAGUCUCUGUUUUUAAAAAUCAAAAGAUAACUUAACAAUGCAAUUUUCUUGGAAAUCUGGCCAAGGAGUGUGUCCCAUCUACUAUUCAUCUGUCCUAAUGGUGCAUUUUUAAUGUUUUUGUAAUCCAUAAGUGUAGCUUGCCUAUGAAUUAGUUGAAGGAGAAUUGUGAUUCAUGUUUUAUUUUUGUUUUUGUUGGGGGGGGGGGUAGCUUAUCUACUUAUGAAGAUCUCCUGAUACUUAACUCAAAGGAGUUGUGCAUUUUAUGCUGUGUUCAGCACCAUAUCCAGGCUGCAUGUAAUAGGCAUUUGUAGUCCAUACGUGCAUGUGCAGUGUCUGAAAUAGUAACUCUAUGCAUGUAUGCCCUCUGCAAUAUGUGUUCAUUCAAAAAUAGCUCUAUACUCACAGUUGUAAUGGCACCAAAAGUUUGAAUCUGUACUCUUUAGAUUUGAUGGAUACAGUUUCUUUUAAUGUUAAAAUUGAAUAUAGGUAAAUGUAGGUUUCCUAUCAGUUUAUUCGGAGUAGCUUGUUCAUUCAAUUCCCACUAAGCCACAACUCAUUCAAAUUACAGUAGACCAAUUCUGUUACACAGUUUUAUUCACAUCCAUUAUAAGGCAUUUCUCUUGCUGUAAAUAACCUAGCUCGGGACCUGUUUCACAAAGCUUUUUUUCAAUGACAAAUGACCAAAAUCAGUGACAAAUCUGCUGAUAACCAAUCAGAAGCAAGGAUUUCACUAGCUUAUAACAAAAACUGUCAUUUAAUUGUCACUGAUGACAAGUUUUGUGAAAUGGGGCCUUGGUCUUAAGCGAUCUAAAUCUUUUGCUUUGAAGGGUCAUGUCAAAGUUGUUGAUUAGAAAUUGGUUUACCAGUAUGUACAAUGCUGUUUUAGUUCAAUACAUACACCUAAUAUUCUAUGGGUUAACAUUAUAACAUGCAGAUGUACUCGUGUGGGUCGUCAUCUUCAGCCUCUUUCAGACCUGGUGCAGUAAAUCAUCUUAAAAAACAAACGCUGUGGCAAAACGUUACUUACAAAUGAAUAAAAAGAGACAAUAUUUGGGGCCUGAAAUCAUCGCUGUAACUUCUCUGAACGACAGCCCCUAUACAUGUCCCAUAUAAUGUUCAUGCAUAUACUCAUGUUAUGCGCUAUAGGCAACACUUUUCUCAUAUGCUGCAGGUUUUCUUUUACGUUUUUAAAAAAAAAGUGGUUUACUGCCUCAGGUCUGAAUGAGCCAAUAGCGUCCUCAAAGCUUGGCUUCCAAACUAUUGCAGUUUUUGGAGAGAGCUUAAUUGUAGCCAUCCUGUGCCGUCCAACCAUUCAAUAUAAAUCUCAUACUCUUCUAACGUUGUAUCUAGUGCGAGACGCUAUAGAUGCACAAAUCUCUAUUUUACUACAUAUAUUAACUUAGGAUCGAAGCAGAAGUUAGUUAACAAAAUUCUAGCAUUUGCAAUUAUUUGAAACAUUUCAUCCAUACAGAUAGCUUUUGACUGUUGUUCAUUGAAAUCCAAACAGGCGUUGACCUGACUCUUGUAAAAAUAUGUGAGGUAGCAGUCUUGCAGUCUGCUAAUGUUGGAAAAAAUUGUUAUUUUCAUUUAACCUAAACUAUUUUAACUCAAGUUUGUUUUAGCCUUAAAGGUAAAUGUUCAGACACAAGUUAAGUUGAAUAUCUACAGUUAUUAAGUUAUUUGCAUGUCAUAGAAUCCCAAAAAGUAAAGUUAAGUAGACUUAAAAACGUCCUACAUGGUAAACUGUGGCAGUUUACCUCAGCAUGCAUGUACAUGCAAGUGUACAACCUUUUAUAGAAGCGAAAUCUCUUCAAAUACAGUCUUCGGAUAAUUAGCUUACGAUAUACCUCAUUGUUUGAGUUCCAGAAGAUGUACUCAUGUACAUAUUCUCGUACUUGUAGUCACCAUAGAUAGAGCAGGGGCGACCUGUUAAGUCUACUGCUAACCAAACAGCAUCAAGUAUUCUGAUGUAGCGUAUUAAGGAGGGUUGUGUUUGGCUGAUUAGUAGGACGGACACGCAAGUAAUCAAGUAUUGCACAGUAAAUACCUCAGUGGCAUCGACUCCAUAUCCAUUGCAAACCCACAGAUUCUUUUCCAUUCAGGCCAAUGGGACUAUGGAAGUAAUAAAAUACAGUUCUUAUAGUAACAGAUUAAAAUUAAAUUGCACUGGUGUAACAUGCUAGUAGUAGUGUGGUACAGUGUCAUUUAAAUUAGGUUACACUUGUUUAAAGGUUUGCAAUAGAAAUAAAUUCACUGCCCAAUAUUCAUUUAUCAAGCUAGCUGUGAGAUGCAGGCAUGUAGACCAAGUUGAAACUGUUCAUAUAGGUUGUUACAUUUAUUUCAUUAUUUAAAAAAUACAAAGAUAUAAGUUUUCUUGAUUUUUAGGGUGUGUUACAUCAUCUGCUUAAAGCCAGGAGGGCGUUAGCUAUGUAUAAAAGUGUACGGGCUAAGGCCUUUUAGCUGUCAGCAGUUGAUGUAUCAGGCAUUAAUUGGGGAAGAAUAUAUCCACACCACAUAGGCCUGCAAACAAGCAACUCCUGAAACUGCUACUUUCAUUUUAAAAGAAAUUUAUUUUUAUGUGAUGACAAUGAUAUACUCGAUAAGAAGUGUUUAGCUGUGCUAUAGAAGCUGGAAUGGAACUUGUGUAAGAGCUGAAUCAUACAUGGUUGGAGAAAUGUAAGAACGCUUUAUGUUUAGAAGUCAGAGGAGAUUUCUGUAGCCAUCUUCAGGUCCAUUUUACGCUUUGGUCCAAACAUCACGUUAUUACUAUUGCGAUUUAACCAGCAUCGCAAUCAUUACAACCUUACGAUGAUAGUUCAAUCACUGUAGCAUUGCGUUGUUUGGACUGUAGUGUAUAUGGACCUCUAGUAUAAGUUUCCAUAGGCACAAGAUGUUUUAGGUAUAGCCAAUCGAUGAUAGACGUAGCUACUCUUGGCAUGCCGAAAUGCAACAGAUUUAUAUAUUGAUGUCUGUCAAUUUAUGUCAAGUUAUGACAAUUUUGGUGCUUUAAUUUUGCUGGAGCAGACGUAGCUUAACUUGCUCGAAAUAAUUGCCAUUUUUAUUUGUAAUCGAGACUAAACAAAUCAUUUAUUUAUUUAUAUAUUUUGAAGCGAGAGAGAGAGAAUUGUGUCCUCUUUUUUGUGUGUUGUAUUUUUGUGUGUUUGUGAAAUACUGUGGUAUGCUUUAUCGACUGUUUAGAUAAAGAUUAGCGCGAGAGGAAAAACUAUUUUGAAUAUUUGUGCUGCGGUUUUGUCUGUUGCAGGUUUCUAGCCUGAAGUAGGCGUAUUUUGAUUACAAGAAACUUUCACGUUUUCAUCCCCUUUAGAUCAGUACUUGUCCAAAAACUUAUCAUGAAAAUGAUAGCGUGGAAAGUGUAGAUAAUUGCAACGCUUUUUGUUACUUGUCUUAAUGAGUCACUAGGUAUUUAUGAAAAAUUGACAUAUUUUUGUGAAAUGUGACAAUUAAUGUUGUGUUCAUCGCUGCAAAUUCGUUGCCUACAUGCAGCUCUGCAACUCCUCUGGUGCCGAUUUGUGAGUCAGAUGUUUUUUGAGUCGACAUCGAAAUGGGAAAAUUACUUGUGCUUUUCAUGACAGUCCGAGUUUGAAUGGUAGAUACGUUGGGAAUGUGUAUGAAUGCCACACUACCAUGUAAAUACGAUCGUACAUUCGACAAAACAACAGGCAUCUGUGAUAAUACACAUUUUUUUGGAGAGCCGAAGAGCUUGAUGUAUUCAGAGGUUAAAGGCCACAUAUGCCCUAUCAAAGCCAUGAGUUUCUGCUUAAAAUAGCUGGUUUGAACGAUUUUUCAUUCAGGACGAUGGAAUGAGAAUCUGACAUUUCAUUUAUUCAUGAUGAAUAGAUAUGAAAAUGAAAAGAGCUCUAUCCAUACUCUGAAGAUGAAUGCCACAACACUCUUCCAAUUGACACAAUGUAGGUUCCUAUUUUUCUAUUCACCACGAUUAAGGAAAAGUUUGGAAAAUUUAAGUUUCGCAAAGAGUGAUCACUUUAAAAAAGGACAUGGAUGGAAAAAGAUGUUUGAAAGUCAUUCGCUAACAUUGCAUCGAGGCAGCUCUAGCCAUUCUUAAAAUUCAACCUCUAUAUUUUUUUUGAAAGGGUUGUAAAAGAAUUGUAAGGCAUAACUGAAAAUGUAAUGUAUUUUCCUACUCUAACAUAUUAUUGUUUAAUAUUCAAUGGUAUACUAUUUCACUCACCGCCAGUUUAUUGGCCAGAAAUCGGCCGCAACGACAUGAUCUUGGUAUUUUUAGUCCACUUUUUUGUCGUAUGUUAUUGUUUAAUGUCAUUUUAUUUUUGGAACAGCAAGCUUAAAAGCAACUCAGAUUUUGUUGAAUAUUACUAGUUGUACUUUGUGCAUUAAUGUACUUAAAAGUAAUCAAUCAAUCGAAAAUCGAAAUGUAUCCGUUGAAAUUAACUGAUUGAGUAAGUCACUAGUUUAUUUGAAUAGUGAAACUUUGUUUGUGAAUUCUAAAAUAUGUGAUAAUGCCCUGCAAUAGUAUUUUGGAAGCAGAUCAGUUUCUAGAAGGUCUGCUCUAAAUAGUAAAUUGUAUAAAUAAAAUAACUACCUGAAUUUAUAUAUAGUCUUGCCGGUGGAGCGACGCUGGUAAAAGUCGGUGUUAGUCAGUGUAAGUAUUGUACACAUGAUAUUUAUUGUUCAGAGACAUAGCGUGUUAGAUUUUGAAAGAUAACUGUGGAUUUCAUGUCGACCACAUAAGCAGCUUAAUGAAUUAUUGAUACGAUGAUGAAAAGGUGCACAUAUUUUGAGAAGAUGAAAACAUUUAUUUUGAUGUUUUAAAAAACAGUUUUCUGUUCUCUCUUUGAAUAUUUGUGGCAAGGUUUUGUUGUCAGCGAGUGAGGAAAAACAAUGUUCGCCUGAAUGUGGGAUUGUAAAUAUACGAAGAGGUCCAACCGCCUGUUACAGGGGGUGAUGGAUUUGAAAUAAUUUAAGAACUAUUUGUUGAAAAUACACAACUAUGUGCGCAGAGUAAUCGAGUAACAAGGCAAAACAGAUUAUUUAUGUGUGGAUGUACGUUACUAGGGCUGUGCAUUAUUUUAUUAAAAAUAUGGUGAUUUCAGUGAA